GAACAGACCAACGAUGCAAUCAUCAGAGUCUCCCUUGAUUUUUUUUCUAUCCGUUUCCCCCUUUUUUGUUUAUUAAUGUGCGAGUCUUGCAAUUGGAAGACCUGACCAUCGAGAUUGAAAUGACCUGUCAAUAACUUUACGGAUGGGACACCGAAAUCAUUCCAUCAAGACAAGCUCAACGAACUGCGUGAGCUAGAAGCCGUUUGCGCAUAGGUCAAUAGGACCACAGCUUGUUAAGAUGACGAGAAGAAUCGUCCGCACAGCGACGCAACUCGGUGCGCUUGCUUUUUUUACCCUAAUUAUCCUGUGGUUCCUGGAUAAUCGAUACCGAGUUUUACCUUCCGCGCUUCAUGAUUACAUGCCAGCACAUCAUCCGGGCCUAGUGAUCACAGAUAUCACUGUCACAAAAUGCUCGAAAAUCAACAUUUUCACAAGCUGCAAGCUGGAUUCGGAUAAAUGGCAUCGUAUCGAGAAGGACUUGUAUUUGGGACAGGGUUGGGUGAAUAGCGCUUAUAUGCAUGUGCAAAGAAAGAAAGAAGAGGAACUUACAUCGGAAGAUAAGGUUGUCAUGGAUGUUAAUGUUGGGAGGCUGGAUCCAGCGACUGCAACGAAGGGCAAGGGGGAUGAGAGAUGGGAAUCGAGACCUGCUGGAUUAUGGCUGAAACGAUCUGCAAAACGCCACGCGAGUGAUUCGAAUGAGGCAGUCACUUCUGUGGAUGUUUUAUUUGGAGCAGACGCUGUGGACCCACGAGAUGGAUGGGAAAUGACUGGCACACCAUUAUUGUUGGAUUCUUCCGGGGAGGUCCAAGAGGCCAGACUUAGUAUACGAAGAGGCAAGCUCAUAAUGCCAAUCAAACCAAAGCCUCGUAUAAGGGAUAAUGGGAAAUUCAAAAUCCUACAAGCAGCGGACUUACAUCUGAGUACGGGAACUGGACAUUGUAGAGAUGCAAUGCCUGAAGAUGGCGGUAAAUGUGAAGCUGAUCCUAGAACAUUGGAAUUCGUUGGAAGAUUACUUGAUGAAGAAAAGCCGGAUUUGAUUAUUCUUAGCGGUGACCAAAUAAAUGGAGAGACAUCACCGGAUGCACAGAGCGCCAUUUUCAAAUAUGCUGAAUUGUUUAUUAAACGCAAAAUCCCAUUUGCGACGAUUUUUGGUAAUCAUGAUGAUGAAGGAUCUCUACCCCGAGCUCAACAGAUGGCAUUGAUCGAGUCUCUGCCAUACUCGUUAUCAGAAGCUGGUCCAGAAGAACUCGAAGGGGUAGGAAACUAUAUUGUCGAAGUUCUUGCCCAGGGUGGCUCCAAGCAUUCUGCUCUAACAAUUUACUUGUUAGAUACACAUUCUUAUUCACCAGAUGAGAGAUCAUUUAAGGGGUAUGAUUGGUUGAAAAAGGACCAGAUUGAUUGGUUCAAGCAAACUGCUUCGGGUCUGAAAAAAGCCCACGAAGGAUAUUCCCAUAUCCAUAUGGAUUUAGCCUUCAUUCAUAUACCACUACCUGAGUAUAGAGAUGACACCCUUUAUAAAGAGGGCGCGUGGAGAGAAGGCGUCACUGCUCCUGGUUUCAAUUCUGGAUUCCGAGAUGCACUUGUAGAACAGGGAGUCGUGAUGGUUAGCUGUGGGCAUGAUCAUGCAAAUGAAUACUGCUCUCUUUCUCGAAAGGAGGAUGAAAGCCCGGCUCUUUGGAUGUGUUAUGGUGGCGGUGCAGGAUUCGGAGGAUAUGGAGGAUACGGAGGCUAUCAUCGCCGAAUCCGUCUUUUUGAAAUCGAUAUGAAUGAAGCGAAGAUAGUUACUUACAAACGCCUCGAGUACGGAGAUGUAGAGAAGCGAAUCGAUGAACAGAUCAUAGUUGAAGGGGGGAAACCAGUAGCUCCACCUCUAUGAUACAUAUGGAAAUCGGGCAUAGGGAAUAGGUGUUGGGGAAUCAAAAGUUCUACAGGGAGCAUAUCUUUCCACGAGGAAAUGGUCAGGCACUUGCAUUCGGGGUUUUCUACCUUUCGGUAUGCUUCAAAAACUUCACUAUACUAUACAAGUCAGAUAGUGUUUAUUGGAUGCAUUCGUUAUUUGUAAUCUAUACCAAUUCUCUUCUCGCAAAAAGAACGGCGUGGACUAAACGAUCUCCAAUUCGCCCCUAUAAAUAUAUUUUCUAGUGCUUCAUUCGGAAUCACAUCAGAUCAAGCGAAUUUUCAGCAAAAUCCCUCCAGCGGUAUUUACGAUCAUGUUUCUUGCAACCUUCCAAUAAAUUUCAAGGAAAAUAUUUGACAUUGUCUACUUCCAAAAGAACCUAUCGAAUUCCUGCAUUUUCAUAUCAAUGUAUAUCUCUCAUAAUUUCGAAUAACAUUCCAUUCUUCAAUCAAAAGUAGAUACCUCUAUUGAUAUAGAAUUCAGUGAUACUCAUUGCA